UUUGUAUGGGGAUGGGAUGACAUUAAAACAAUUUUCAACCGUCCACCACAUUUUGGAAAUGUUCCAGCUCACAUCACAUCCGGUGCAUGAAACUCAAACCCUGCUGAAACUACCAACGAACGCUUACGUUACAGUGUGAAAUAUCCUCAUUAUAAAAAAACCACUAACCUAUUUAAAGUCACUCAAUUUAAAAAAUAAUGUAUAUAACUGAAAUAGGUUGAGCAGAAACACAUAUCAACGCAGAAAUCUUAUCUGUGCUCAGUAGUGUAGGUACACUCAAUCAGUCUUUGGUGUCCAUAUAACAAUAAUGACUCUCUUUAAGCUCAUCUGGCACGCAUCUGAUGACAUCAUCUGUGCACGCAGCAUUCUAGAUCCCUGUCACACACCAACGGUGUGAAGAUUUUCCCCCCACCAGGUAUAAAUGUGAGGGAUAGCUAUCGCUAGCUCUUUUCCUGCAUGGUCUCUUCCUGCCCCUUUCACCCACUGUCCUUUGAGUUUUCACAUACUGUGGAACUCCUAUGGGCCUAACUCGAGUUCUCACAACUCUGUAGAACUAAUUCAAAGGCUUGUAGAAUGCCUAAGAUUGCUGCUGUACAAAUAAAGUUGCUGUACGCAGUAACCAGGCUCUGCAGACUUAGCUUGCCUGCUGCGACUAAAGGCUGUUUUAUACUUCUGCAUAGUCUGCAUAGUUUGCGCAGUUUGCGUUGUGUGCGGCGCUCACGAACGGACAGAUCAUUUAUACUUGUGCGGCAUGUUGUACAUGGUGUGCAGGCCACGUAAUUAGAUUUUAUUACUGACCGUUAUAGUUCUAAAUAAAAUACCUUCAUUCAUAUUUCCAAACCUUCUAAAUACUGCACCAAUGACUACAAAAAUGCUCAGCUGGAUUUAACUUGUUGCAACGAAGACAUUCACCUGACAAAAGCACGUUGCCUAAAGGUUUUGUGAAUCAACUGUUAUAAUGCCAGUGACCUCACGUCGGCAGUCAACCAAUCAUAUUCUUUACGGCAUAUGCGGGCACUGGUUGCUAACUGCGCGCUUUUAAAUUCUUGAGGAGGUACUCGGCCUCAACGCGUGGUCUGCAACCGUUGCACAUGCCGCACAUUCCGCACAUCCCCUACGCAGACCUAUUUUUACGUGUACUACGCAGAAGUAUAAAACAGCCUUAAGCCUAGCCCAUCCGGCAUGGAAACCAGUGCACACCUAGUGCUGCGCCAGCUAACCACCACAAAGAACCUUUCCGACGAUUGACUGGGGGGAUGAACAGUAUCGCCACUGCUAAAGAACAAGGACUCGGCUUGCGCGCCACACACCUGGAAACCUCCACAAUUUCACAACGCCAAGACUGUUCUCUCCAGGACCCCACAGCGACCACCGGAGGCCACUACCUGUGUGAAUGAACAGACAGUAAGACUGAGCAAACUUUCCAGGCAAACAGAAGUUUAGCUUAGUCUGUAUUGAGUUUAAUGUGAUAUUGUGUGUUUCCAUUCUGUCUUUUAAAAUAAUUUGCGCUGGCAAUGUAAUAGAACACAACCACACACGUGGUCUUCCUCUCUACCUCUUUCUCCCCGACCAACUUUCCAACCCUAACGACACCACACUCACAAUAUAGUCGAUAGUGAAGAAUAACUAGCUUUGUUGCGUGUAUCGCUUAAGGCCUGAAGCUACACUUCGCUCUCCGGCACUACCGAGAGCAAUACUCCUUUGUAGCUGAGCUAAGUUAUUAGUCAUGCCAGUAACACUAUACAUAUUGACACUACACAUACGCGCCUAACCCGCCAUUUGUAUGUGGCUAUUAUUGUAGCAGAAUUAUUUGCAAAUGCGUAAUCAGAUUUGUACACAGAUCUGUAAAUGCGUACAUAAAUCUGUAAAUGCGUAGGCUACUCAGAUCUGUAAAUGUGUACAUAGAUCUGUAAAUGUCUGUAUCAUCAGUUACAACGCAGGCAGGCCUCUCAAUUGGCUGUCUUUUUACACAUGAUUUUUGCUACAUUUCUGCCGUGGUAGAGAUCUGCAAAUGCGUGUCGCGAUUUGCAAAUGUGUGUGCUGUGUGGAGAUUUCUAGGUUAACUACGACUCCCAUGGUGCACUUCAAUAUGAAACAUCCAAUCGCCGAGUUUAAUUAAAAUUCUGCGUAUUUACAAAUCUGAUUACGUAUUUGCAAAUAAUUCUGCUACAAUAAUAGCCUCAUACGUUUGUCCUUCCCCCUUUCGUCCACAAAGGGAAACUUUCACUCACGUACCCGAACACACACACGCACCCCUACCUUCCUGUAUCUAGCAUAGCCUAGUUUUCCCCAUUUAGAUUAGUUUGUGUAUGCUCUGCUUGUACUUUUGUUUAAUAAAUAAUUUUAUUAAGCUUCUGUCUGUUUUGAUGUUGCUAGAACAUGAGAAUCUGCAUCAAAAUAGCCUAUCCAGAAGUAUAUCCUUCAGGUAAUCAUAAAUCUUUGAUAUAAUUAUUUGAUCAUUAAUAUUUGUAAUAUUGAUUAUUAAGUUCCAAAUUUAUGGUUGGAUAGUCUAGAUAACCGUAAUUUUAUGAGACUGAUUUUUAAUUGUUAUAUCGCUUUGCAUGGGAAUACAGAAGUAUAAUCCCGACGUAAGUGGUGCCCCAUGUAAGGCUAUAUUGUCAUUUCCCCAACAGUAGAUAGAAACAGAGCGAGAGAAUCAAUGCUGUCGUUCUCUUCUGACUUGGUCCAGAAAAUAGUAUCAGCUGAGUCUAUCAUAUGCCCUAGCCAUGCUCAGAAGUUCUCAAGAAUAAUAAUAUUUUCCAAGAAAUGACGAAAAUCAUUAAUAACGUUUCGCUGGAUGCAGUGUCUUUUACUGCUCCCACAGAGUGAAUGCGUAAGGGGGCGAUGAUGAUUCACAACUUUCAGAUACACAGUGCUAUAAAAUGCUAUUCCGAAAAUAAAAUGAGUUAUAUUAUACAUCGCCAGAAAGCUUAUUCGGUCACCUACUGGAUAGAUUAAUUCUCAAUCAAGCCAGGUUGUACUAAAAAUACCGUAAACAACGUGUGGUAUUACACACAGCUAUUUUGGAAGGUACCCAGGUGUCACAAAUUAAUGUAUAUUUCACAAACGGAUUGUUGAAGACAAUAAAUGACCACAGGACCUUGAAUGGAGCAUGUGUAAAACCAAAUCUGUACUGCUCCUGGCUGUGAGUGCUCCUACCAUGGCUUCUCUGCGCCCCGGUUCACGCAAGUACUCUUGUUGACUGCACUAAUAUUUUCCAUGUUGUGAGUCACUUUGGAUGAGAGUGUCUGCCAAGUGACAGUGUCAUAUGUCUCGUCAUGUAAUAUGUAAUGUCAUGUAAUGCAGUGGAAAUGAUGAACUCCUGUUGCUCUGUCCAGCCCCUUCCCCCAAUCCCUUGCAGCCCCAGAGAUAUGUGUACAGGAAGAAGGGGGAAGUCAUCCUGAUAAGAAGAUACAGAGAUAGAAAACUCUAGGGAAAAGGAGGGGGAAAUUGAGAUGAUUCAUGAGAGAUAGAGAGAUGUAGAGAUUGGUAGAGUGGGAAUUGUGGUGAGAAGGAGAGAGCUAGGAAGUGAGGGGAGGGACUAGUAAUAGAGGUAAUGUGUGUGUGAGAGAGAGAGAGAUAGAGAGAGAGGGAAGGAGGGAGAGAAUGUGCGUCAACAGACAGGUGAAAAGACAAAACGGCUGUGGAGCACCAACCGUUUCCAAAGUUUUCCUUUAACCGUCUACAGAGGAGUAGGGAGCUACAGACAAAAAAACACCCAGACCAAAAAUUUCACAUUCACUGGCACACACUCGCACAUGCACCAAGAGAGACAGGCAACACGCACACAGUCACUUAGUACAGAGUUCUUGUAAAGAUGAUUGGUUGUGUUCGAGAUUUCUUCACUUACGAAACCACCAAGUCUGUGGUAGUGAAGAGCUCAACCAUUGGCAUCUUCAACCGCGUCGUUCAGCUGCUUAUCAUAGCCUACUUUGUGGGGUGGGUCUUUCUGCAUGAGAAGGCCUAUCAGGUGCGAGACACGUCCAUCGAGUCCACGGUCAUCACCAAGGUGAAGGGCUUGGGUCUGUAUAACAACAGAGUCAUGGAUGUAGCGGAUUAUGUCACCCCUGCUCAGGGUGCCUCUAUGUUCUGCAUAAUCACCAAACUCAUCAGCACAGAAGACCAGAUUCAGAGCAACUGUGCAGAGAGUGAGGUUAAGAAAGCCAAAUGUACCAACAACAGCAACUGCACGGAAGGUGCAUCCGCACCUAACGGUAUAAUGACUGGCAGAUGUGUGGACUUUGACAACUCCUCAAAGACCUGUGAGAUUCGAGGCUGGUGUCCUGCUGAGAUUGACAGCUUAAAGAUUGAGCCCAUGAUGGAGGUGGAGAACUUCACCAUCUUUAUUAAGAACAGCAUUCGCUUCCCCCUCUUCAACUUUACCAAGGGGACCCUGCUGCCCAGCAUCACAGUAGAUGAAAUAAAGAACUGCAACUUUAACAUGAGCAACAUCUACUGCCCCAUCUUCAGGGUGGGGGACAUCCUCAGCUUCGCCCAUCAGGAUUUCUACAGCAUCGCCAACGAGGGGGGUGUGAUCGGUGUAAAGAUUAACUGGGUCUGUGAUUUGGACAGAUCAGCAGAGGAAUGUAAGCCUGCUUUUUCCUUCACCCGCCUGGAUGCUGUCUCCCAGAGCAACACAGUGUCAAAAGGGUACAACUUCAGGUUUGCCAAGUACUAUAAAUCACAGAACGGGACAGAAUACCGCACACUCAUCAAGGCAUUCGGCAUCAGAUUUGAUAUAAUAGUCUCUGGCACAGCACGGAAGUUCAGUGUGAUACCAACUCUCAUCAAUGUUGUGGCUGCCUUCACCACCAUUGGAGUGAGGUAAUGAACGCAAAUCUGACCAAGAUAACAGGUGGAGGUAUGAAGACUGACAGACUUCAUUGUAUAUACUGCAGGUAAUAGGUUGUAGGUAAAAACAUUGUUGGCACCAUUAUAUUUGUUUUGAGAUCAUGUCAUGUCAGUGUGAUUAUUCCUUUUUCCUACAAACUUUAGUUUAAAUUCAUAAAAAGAUGGACAGGCUACUAGCCACAGUCUGCACUCAGGAUUUUAUCCCAGACUGAUGGACCCAUCCAUACCCAAAACAAGAACAGUGCCUGAACAGGAUGAGCCACUCAGCAGCCCCUGUCUCUUAUUUUCCUUUUUAAAUUAUGUGUAAAAUGGUUGGUCUGGUAACAGAGGGGAAAGACACCCAAGACAGCUGACAAAAUAGAGAAAAAAUCUAUUUGAACUCAACACACUUUACAAAAGGAAAUAAGGAAAUGUGUAGGUCAGGAGCUUUAGUCUGAGGGAGACCGCUGUACAGGGGUUCUGACUUUCAUGCUUUUUAUCUCUCUUUCAGGGUACGGUCCUUUGUGACAUCAUCCUUCUCAACUUCCUGAAGGGCGGUGACAAAUACAAGGCUAUUAAAUUCGAAGAGGUGCAUGCCAAGCCUGGCUGGCCUAAUUGUCUUUUUUCACAUUUUA